CUCUUUUUUUCUUUUCUUUUCUCAUUUUUAAAUUUAUAUGCCAACAAAUAAAAACAAUGAAUCCUCAGUCAUAUCAUAUCAUGAACCUUCUUUACUACCGCAGAAUGUAGCGAGUAUGGUCACCACAGUGUCGUUAGCUACGCGAGUAUCAUUAAAAUGCUCUUCUUUACUUGUGGAUACUAUCUUUGGUGCAGCCAAAUAUGGCACUUCGAUGUCCCUUUGUCUUUCCAGGAACGCUAUCACUCAUGCUAUUUCUACUGCAAAGCAUUUACAUUCAAACGACCAAGACAAUCUAUUUAUAAAAACACUAGAGAAAUAUACCAAUGCAGGAUUGGACUGGGUUAGCCAUACGUUUUCAUUGGCUGAACUUUUGACCAUCUCUGGUAUCCAGUUUACCUCACGGACGAUUCAGUCCACUUUAAAGGCAGCUGAGGAGUCAGUGCGCAUAUUCGAUAAUAUCUUUGGAUCCAAUGAAACAUCACGCGCAAUAGCUUAUAUCAUCACACGUCUCAACAAAGAGUUCCUACAUGACCCAGACUUUGAUCUAGCUAAAGCAGGCAGAAUAGCUGUCCUGACUGGCCUGACCAAGGCGUUAACUGCGUUUGCUGUUCUUCAAAAUGUCACUUAUAAGCGACGAACCAUACCCUCAACCUUAUUAUGGGAAGCCAACGUGGGCGAAGAUCCUGAAGAAAGACAGAGACAUGUCCUUCAGUUCAAGCUCAACGAAGAUGCCCCCCCAUCUUAUUAUUCCACCUACCAUACCCAGCGCCGGUUUUCGAUACCGGUUCAAUUUUAUUGCGACGAAACCAAAAAAUGUAAUUCCAUGCCGAUAUUAUACCCCAUUGCACAUUUCAUCAGAUACGCCAGCGCUGCUUACGGAGAAUCAUUCAUGCGUAUCCUAGGUAUUGGCGAUAUUCCCGCGACAUUACCCAACGACCAUCACCCAAACCACCAUGCCUUUGCUCAUCACACAAACAACUCUGUUCAAGACAUCCUGCUAUCGACCUACACCGACCCUUCACCCUUUUUGAAAAACUCUGCACUAAACGCACUCGUGCACUACGUCACCGUCGACCAUACAGCCAAGGCUAUCGUCUUGACCUGUCGAGGUACUCUAGGCCUCAGCGACCUCUUGACCGAUCUCAGCUUUGAUUAUUCCGAAUUCACCGUGCCCGCAACCGACCAAGUCUUCAUGGCGCACAGCGGCAUGCUCAAGGCCGCUCAAUUUCUGGCCAAGCAAAAGGGCAAAGUAUUCCAAAAGAUCCGACAAGGCAUGACAAUGUAUCCCGACUAUGGUCUCGUCCUCUGUGGCCACUCCUUGGGCGGAGGUGUUGCCAGUUUGCUCACGGUCCUCUGGAGCCAAAAGAGGGGCGCCAAGUUCACAACAUCGUUACAGUCCGGCCUGCCGCCUGGCCGAUCCAUACACUGCUACGCCUAUGGUCCUCCUGGCGUCAUGUCGCUCGAUCUCAGUCACUAUUGCCAGGGACUCGUCACCACCGUCGUACACGGCUACGAUUUUGUCAGCUCCCUCAGUUUAGGUCUCCUCCAGGACUUUAAAAACGUUGCGAGGAAUCUUCAUGCGGAAGAAAAUGUGACAGAAGAGAUCAUAUCGAGAGUGAUGCAGAGAAUGAAAAAGAGCCAAGAAGAAGAACAAGAUGAUGAUGAAGAUCAGUGGUUUUGGGCAAUGAUCAAGACCAUGCGUGCUGAUAUGAAUGCAGAGAAGAUGUAUCCUCCAGGUACUGUCUACCUGAUCACAACAGAGAAUGGAAAGGUGCGUCUCAGUCGUUGUGAUGAUGUGCACGCUAGAUUUUCGGAAAUUGUCUUUUCUCGUACCAUGUUUAUGGAUCAUUCACCUUAUUUAUAUGAACAAGCUAUUCAGAAACUAUAUCAAAUAAAACUAAAAUGAUGCAGUAUUUUGUCUUUUUCUUUUUCUUUGAGAUGAUUACUUUCUUUUCAUAUUUGCUUUGAAUAAUGUAACUCUUUUCGUCUUGGCACACAAGUAAUUCUUUACAGACAAAUUUCAAUUGAAAACUUGUAAAAUAAAACCCAGUCGAAAGUCACAGGGCUCU